AUGGCGACAUUAAGAGACCGCCAGUGCAGGAAGUCGCAAGAAAGUAAGCUUGACGCUCUUAGGCCGAAGGAACCCACGCAAACCAGGGAAGUCAUCCUCAACUUAUCCUCCUACAAGCCUACUGAAUCUGAAGCCGCUCUUCUGCACAAGGGCUUGAACUUCAACACUGGCGCGUCACCCAACCCAGCUAGAGUAAUCUGCGCCGUGGAACGCGCCGUCUCUCAACUUCCUUCCGAAGUAAGAGAAGAAGCUCGCACCCGCGCCAUUGGUGUUCUUUCAAAGUGGCGGACGCGCAACCCUCAAACCCGAUUUUCACCUGCCGAAAAACAAGCCGUCAAGGGCCUCCGGAACAAUGACUCCAUUGCCAUCCUUCCGGCAGAUAAGGGAAAUGCCAUCGUGUGGCUCGACAGAAGUGACUACAAUGAGAAAAUGAAGGAUUUGCUAUCAGACGAGGAUACGUACGUCGCGAUCCAGAAAGACCCCACGGUCAACCUGCAAACAAAACUGCAGAAGCUCCUCUCCAAGGUUUUUAAAUUUGUUCCACCGCAGCACAAGCAUCUCUACCAUCGCCUCUUGUGUACUAACGGGUCCGCACCUGCAAUAUACGGACUACCGAAAGUUCACAAGCCAGGCGUUCCACUACGGCCUAUUGUAGACUUUACAAGGUCACCGCUGCACCGGUUAUCAGGUUACCUACACCAAGUGCUGGGCCCGCUCACCGGCAAGACAGCGACGCACAUUUCAAAUUCUUCAGCCUUCGUGGAGAAAGUGCGCGACGUCUCCCUGGAUGAAGACGACAUUAUGGUGUCAUUUGACGUGAAGUCGCUCCUCACUUCAGUGCCUGUUGACCUGGCCGUAACUACGUGCAGAGAUGUCCUGCUGGCGGACGACACGCUCGCUGAGCGCACCCCUUUGGAAGUAGAAGACAUUUGCGAGCUUUUAGACUUCUGUUUGAGCAACACCUACUUCACUUACAACAAACAGUUUUACAGGCAGAUCAACGGAACUGCUAUGGGUGCUUCCAUUUCCGUUACUACCGCUAACCUGGUCAUGGAAGUCAUUGAACAGAAGGCCCUCACUGACUUCGCUCCCGCGCCGAAGAAGCCGCUCGAUUUGCUCGCACUCCAGGAGACCUAUGGUGUCGUGCAGAAGGGAGAACCUCAUGGCGCCUUCCCGGCUAUAUGCUCACCAUUCACUAACGGAAAGCCAAGAGGUGGCCUGCGCAGCCACAGCGUGCCGUGA